GCUCGCCAGGCAGACAACUAACCACCAAUGCGAACGAAGCAUGGUGACAUGCGAAGUGUCAAACUAAUCUGAAUUACGAAUCGGAAAAUAUUUUUUGCGACUCUACGUAAGUUGUGAAAGGCGAGACUAUCGCUGUGUAGCGAAAGUAUGGCGGAACCCGUGCUCGUCGAGGAGAGCACGCCGAUCCGACUUGCCGUGAAGUUGGAAGAAUUGGCGAAGACACUCGGAGAGGAUGCGAAACACCACGACUACAUCGUAGUGCUGUUGAUAGUUGUCAUGGCUGAGGCUGGAUUUUUCAUCGCGCGAUCAGGUUCAGCGGACGCCGAUGCAGGAUACGGAAAGAAGAGAGCGUUGGUAAUACCUUCGGACUGGAAAAUGCCGGACACUGGAAAUUACAGUUUGAAAUUUCAAUUGCAACCAUUGCCAGAUCGGGAAUGCAAGCUGCUGGCGAUCCCGUGCGGGGAUACGCUGGUCGUGAACCUCGUAUUGCCAUAUCCGUCCAGAAAGGUGUUCAGCAGGGCGCUGCAGACGGUGAAAUACGUGAACAUCUACUCUUCGGAUUUGGCCGGGCGUUACCUGAACCUGAAAGAGUUCUCGGUCGUCUUCAAAAACAACAUGGCCACUCCGGCACGCUGUGAAAUGCUGUCAGUCGCUGGAAUCCCGAACGCCAGUCUCCCCGGACUUCCGGCAGAGAUUAAGCUCCGGAUCAUACGGAUGAUGGACGCUUACUCCUUGACCAGGCUCGCCCAAACCUCCCGUGAAUUCCAUGAACUCGUCAUGCAACCCAUAAUUUGGAAAAGACUGCUGCUACGCGACUUUCCUCAAAAUUCCUGCCCCGAGCGAAAUUACUACGAAACUUAUCGCAUGUUAAUAUCUCCACUUUUUAUCGAUCGCAACCCUCACCAGGACUUCCAUGAAACAACAGUCGCGUCGACGCCGAGCUUCAUGGACGAGUGGUGGCCAGAUCUCGAGGUUUCAGCAGACUUUCCAAGAGGACGCAGCAUCCCGCGAUGCUGGCCGGUGCAUAGAUAUUAACUACGCUAUUUAUCCGAAUAAACGAUCAUUGGAAAUAAA